AUUCUCGUACGUGGAAGGUUGCUGCCUGUCGUUCCGGUUCUCAAAAGAAUUCAAUUUUAAGCAUUGUCAUCGUCAUCGGUUUUGCUGAAAAUCACAAAAUACUAUGCAACCAGCAUAAAAUUUCAAUUAGUAGUAAACAGGAUCAACAAAAGCCAAUUAAAAUUUAGUACCGUAGCAUCGAUCAAAUUUAGACAAUAUCCAAAAUCAACCCGAAAAAUGGACAAUUACGUUGACAAAAAGUUCCCCAUAAGUGCUCUCGUGCCAAAAAAUGAGACUGGAGUCCUCAGCUUUCUCGCAAAACACCCCGAAUUCAAUGGAAAAAAUGUAACAAUUGCUAUUUUCGACUCCGGAGUAGAUGCUCAAUCCAGUGGACUUCGUAACGUACCUGGAGGUGACGUCAAAGUCGUUGAACGUUUCGAUUGCAGUGGCUGCGGCGACGUUGAUACGAGCAAAAAAGUUCAAAUCACCCCGGAAGGCACGAUUCAAGGAUUAUCCGGACGAAAUUUGCGUAUUCCUGACAAUUUCAAAGCCCUUAACCCAUCCGGGGAGUAUCGGGUUGGCUUAAAAUCCUUUGCUGACUUGUGCCCUUCACGCAUUCGCGAGAAACAAAACGCAGAUUUCAAAUUGAAAAACUGGGAAGCAAGCCACAAAAAAGCCUUGAACGAAGUUGCCAAACAAAUCGAGGAUUUUGAGACGAAAAAUCCGGUUGCCACGAAUUUUCAGUUGAAGGAAAAGCUGCAAAAAGAAGAUUUAGAUGCAAAAAUGGAAUUUCUCGUGCAACAAGAUAAGAAAUUGGGCGAUUUGCGGUUCUCGUAUGACUGUGUCGUGUUCCAUGGGGGCGACGAGGGAUGGUUAACGGUAAUUGAUACGACCGAAAAUGGCGAUUUGGAGAAUGCGUUGCUCGUGCACGAGUAUUCGACGCAUCAGGAAAUGGCUCGAGUGGAUGAUUACUUGACGAUUUCCGUGAAUGUUCAUGACAACGGAAAUAUUUUGGAAAUUGUGGGGAUGUGCAGUAGUCAUGGUACGCAUGUGGCAUCGAUAGCGAGCGGAUAUCACCCCGAAGACCCAAAUAUGAAUGGAAUUGCACCGGCGGCGAAGAUAGUUUCGCUCGGAAUUGGCGAAGGACGUCUCGGGAGCAUGGAAACUGGCACGGCAAUCGUGCGUGCCAUCAUCAAAGUCAUGGAAUUGUGCGAGGCAGGGAGGAAAGUUGACGUUAUUAACAUGAGUUAUGGCGAACACGCGCAUUGGUCGAAUGCGGGACGUGUCGGGGAACUCAUGUCGGAGCUCGUAAAUCGGUAUGGCGUCGUUUGGGUUGCUUCGGCGGGCAAUCAUGGACCUGCUUUGUGUACAAUUGGCACGCCGCCAGACAUUUCGCAACCAACAUUGGUCUGUGUCGGAGCUUACGUCUCACCUGACAUGAUGGAAGCUGAAUACUCGUUACGACAAAAACUCCCGGGAAACGUUUAUACGUGGACUUCUCGUGGUCCCUGCAUCGAUGGCGGUGCCGGAGUGACAGUUUGUGCCCCUGGAGCUGCGAUUGCUUCCGUUCCGGAAUUCACAAUGGCAAAAGCGCAACUCAUGAAUGGCACGAGUAUGGCAUCGCCGCAUGUCGCAGGAGCUGUUGCCUUGUUAAUUUCCGGUUUGAAGCAGAAAAAGAUCGCUUACACGCCGUACAGCAUCAAACAAGCACUCGAAAACACCGCAACAAAACUCGACCAUGUCGAUCCCUUUGCACAAGGAAACGGCUUACUAAACGUCGAAAAAGCCUUCGAACAUCUCUGCGAGUACAAAAAUCGCCAGGAAAACGAAGUUCGUUUCUCCGUCGCUGUCGGCAGUAACAACGCCAAAGGAAUCCACAUGCGAACGGGAGUUUUAACCAAACCCGAGGAAUUCACUGUCACCAUCGAGCCUGUGAUGUUCAACGAGAAAUUCGCGUCGCCCAAGGCGAAACUCGAUUUUAACGUGCAUUGCACACUCGUUCCGACAGCUUCGUGGGUGCAAUGUGGCGGAUUUCUCGAUUUGUGUUACACAUCGAGAUCAUUGGCAGUUCGAGUGGAUCCCACAGCGUUGCCAGUUGGAGUUCACAGUGCCGCCGUUAAGGCUUAUGACUCGACCUGCGUCGAAAAAGGACCGAUUUUCGAGAUUCCUGUGACAGUAGUGCAACCGAGACAGAUGGAGGCAGCGACACAAUACGAAUAUUCGCCACGAGAAGCGGUGCUGUGCAAGCCAAAUACGAUUAUUCGGGACUUUUUCCAGGUGCCAAGGCAUGCGACAUGGGCAGUUCUCGAAUUGACAUCUGACACCCCAAACGACUACGUUGGAGGACGAUUUUGGAUCCACACUCAACAAAUUCUGCCCAACAAGUAUUGCAAAGCGCUGGAAACACAAAAGAUGCUUACCGUCAAUUGCGAAAAUUAUGCCCAACAUAUCUUCAAAUGUGCCGAAGAGAAUGUGCUUGAGGUGUGUAUCGCCAAAUAUUGGUCCAGCUAUGGCGAAGUACCUCUCAAAUAUCGGAUUAAAUUCCACGGAGUUAAUGUUAAAAAUGCUCAUGUCAUGCACAGUGCCUCCGGAGUUCAUCGCAUCAACUUGACAAGUCUCUUAUCCGAGGAAAUUCUUCCCGCGAUCACCCUGAAAACGGCUGUGAUGGUUUUGAAGCCGACGGAAAGUAAAAUAACUAGUCUCAGUGCGCGCGAUGUCGUCCCUCCUGCUCGUCAAAUCUACCAAAAUAUCCUCACGUACACGCUUCACGUGACAAAAGCGGCGGAAUUAGCGAUUUACUGUCCUUUGCUGUACAGCGUUUUGUACGAAUCGGAAUUUGAGUCGCAACUGUGGAUGAUUUUCGAUGCGAACAAACAGAUGAUGGCUUGCGGCGAUGCCUAUUCCAACAGUAACUACGUGAAAUUGGACAAAGGUGACUACACAAUUCGACUUCAAGUGCGUCACGAGAAGAAAGAAUGCUUGGAAAAGGUGUCAGAAGCAACUGUUCUCGUCAAUUUCAAGUUGGCGAGUUCAUUAUCGCUCGACGUUUACAAAUCUUUCAAUCAAGCCGUCAUCGCAGGCAAGAAAAUCACCACGGCGCAACUUCUUUCGGGCACUUAUCGACCCCUGUAUGUGGCUCCGUUGAGCAAUGAUCGUCUCAACAAAGCCGCAAUCCCGCCGCAAUGCUCCUGGCUCGAAGGAACUAUCGUCUAUGCCAAGGACGAGGCAACGCGCAAAGUCGAUACCCACCAUUUUGAGUAUAUUUUGACGGAAGGACCUGCAGUGAAGAAGAACGGCAACAAUAAUAACGCCAAUAAAGAACAAAAAUCCAAAUUUGACGAGUACAAGGAGACACUUCGGGACUUCCAGAUACAACAACUGGCCAAAUUGGACACGGAAAACGCGGAAAUGCUCUAUCAGGAUUUGCUAAAGAGCUUCCCGACGCACCUUCCCAUUCACAUGUCAAUGUUGAACCAUUUAGACACUGCCAACGACUUGAAAACGCAACUUCCAUGGACAUGGAAACACAAUUUGGCGAAAUUAAAUGAAACGGAUAUCGAAACAUUGACCGAAAAAUUAACAAAAAUAGAAAAUUUGGCAAAACUCGUAAUCGAAGGCACCGACCAAGAUGCGCUACUCAAAUUUUACGGCAUGAAAAGUGAUCAGAGACCGGAUGCAGCAAAGAUCAAAUCACAAAUGGACAAACAGAAGCAAACUUUUAUCGACGCCCUCAUCCGAAAAAUCGUGGCAUCAACAAAACUCCAAAUUUUAGCUCAAUUGAACGAAGUUGGUGGCGACGAGGAUCUCCUAAAUCUCGAUUUUGCCGAAAGUUACGUCGCAGAAACGCAGAACCUUUAUACUGAAUUAGGCAAAUUUGUUGAUUACAAUGAUCAAAAGGUAAUUUUAUUCUCAUUAUGGCACGCAUUUGUCUUCCAUCACACGGGACGUCAAUUAAAGUACCUCACAAAAAUGUACGAUGACAAGCCGCAACGCGAAAUUCUGGAAGAGCAACGUUUGGUGGUUAAAGGGGAAGAAUUUACCGAAGCCUGUGACAAAAUUGCACAAAAUAUCGAACGUAUGAGUAUUACUGCCAAUCCACAGGGAUUCCGUGUGUUUUAGGAAAAUUUCAUUUUUGCACAGACAAUGUCAUGGUGUGACGAAUUUUUAGCUUUUUAUAACAAAAAAUUACUAAUUUAAUAGUUAAAAGUUCUUUUUCUUUUGUAAAAAUCCCGUAGCAAUGAAAUAAAUUAAUAAAAAUGGGAGAUGAACAAUUAA